ACCGACCGGGUUGUCCUCUCCGCCGCCAGCGACCGGAGCCGGGAUGCGGCUGUUACGGACCGGCCUGGGCUUCCUGCUGCGCCCGGGGAUCCGUCGCGGACCCGGGCAGCCACUCUACCAGCAAGGCCAGAGCCCCUCGCCGCGCACCCGCGAGUACUUCUACUACAUCGACCACCAGGGACAGAGACCAGCAGUUCUUGGUCUUCUUCUUCAAGCAGCUGAAGCUGAACCGCAGCGGCCGCUACGAGGACUCCUUCCCUUACCUGUCGCCCUGCGGCCCGGAGCACAACUACGUCCGUUGCGAUGACCGGCCCAUCGUCUUCACGCACCUCCUGGAUGGACCCUCGGGCCAGCAGUCGCUGUCCUUCUGCGGGGGCUCAGAGCGCCUGGCCGUGCCUUUCCAGCCGGAGCAGCUGGUCAUGCUGGCCGAGAACGGGCGGGUCUAUCACCCGGGUCCGGAGAAGGCUGGCGGGGUAGGAUUGGUCAAAUCAUCCUUGGCCUUUGAGUUGAGCCCUUGCUUUGAGUACCAGGACGGACCCGGUCAGCCGCCCACUCAUUUCCGCUGGCAGGAGAAGAGACACGCGCUCACGAACGAGCUGCUGCGGUUGAUCUGACGCCGUUGUAGAGCGAGGAACGCCUUCCAGUGGUCUUCUUGUUGGCACCCUCGGCUUGACAUCAACCCAAAUUAUGCCCCACCUGCCGUUCCAGGUGCCCCGUUUUUCCCAGGAGACCAACUCAAGAACGGGGUUGGAAGAGUCUGUCCAGAACCCCAGGAGGGCAAGGAUCCCGGACAAACUCUCUUGGAAUAAAAACCGUUUCAUGGUU